UUCCCUAACACCUGUAUCUCCCCAGCCAGGCGGAGCCUAUGUUGUAGAUCUACCAGAUGGGCUGUUCGGCGUCUUCCACUGCCGCGCUCAGUCAAGGUGACGUCAUUGAGAAGAAAGAUUCCUCCCAAGUAAUCGACAACUCCGCCGGCGGCGACAAGAGCAUGCCGAAGAGCAACAAAGUCUCGGCCCAGCAGAUGGUCAAGAAAGAGAGCCAGACUUCAAGUAAAGGCAUCCGCAUCUCCACCAAAGCUCCCAGAGAACAGCCCCCUCCGUUCAAAAAGACCCCCAAAGAAGCAGGAGGGUCUAUGGCGAAGAAUGCACACACCGACAAAGGAGGAGGCGCUGACGAACGCAUAGGAAAGCAGUUGACGUCCAGUCAACAGGGCAGUCUGCCCGGCUAUUUAACAGACGAGAAAAACAUUUUGAAAUACUCAAAGACUUCGUCUUCACAAAUCGUCACCAAACGCAGCAGCGUCAUCGCCCGGAAGUUGGAGAGCGACCGGAUCGAGGACGAGGCGUCUGUAGACAUCCCCAUGUCUACGAAAACGCCCAAAGAACACCCGGGCCCAGCCAGUGCUUCCACCAAGACCUCAUCCACCAUAGCCACGUCAAUGUCUGUGUCCAGCACAGUCGCACCUGUUAACGAUAUUAUUCUAGAAGACAAUCUAGAAUCUUCAUCAGUAACUAACUUGACUCAGAGAAACGGGUCUAAUAUUUGUGUUGCCGUUAAGAACGUCGAAACGACGGAGGCACGUUCGUGCAGCACGUCAGAUCUUUCCCCGAACAUCGAAGCUAAGCUGAGCAUCGCCCAAGUGUCCACAGAGGAACCAGUUUCCCGUUCAGACUCGGCGCUCUCCAAGAGAAGGGCUGACAAAUCGAAACAUCGAGGUAGUAAGUCCACCAACCCUUCUACCCCAGCAGGGUCACUGACGGCGGUUUCUAAAUCGAACGAAAACGUCGACGGCAGACCUCGCUCCUCAAACUCUCAUCGUCAUCACCAUCAUCAUCACCAUCAUCAUCACCCCCACCAUCACGCAAAAUAUGGAACUCAUUCCAAAAUAACUUCUCCCAAAAAGACCUUUAAGUUCACGUCAAAGGACGAAAAGACUCAGUUCUUUGUCAAAACAGUCAAGUCUAACGACGAGAACGAUGAGGACCUGGGUGACACCAAAGAUAUUCUGAUCCAGACGGACGUAGUCACGGUCAAUGAUCACAACGAGAAGUCCAAAAAGAAGCUCUUAAUCAAAAUGAAGAAACUAGGCAGCAAAGAGAGUGGCGCCAAACUUCGAAUGUUGAAGCCCCGGCAAGGCUCGGAAAAGGGAAAGAACAAAGGGAAAGAGAAAAAGAAACACGGAGAGAAUGAGAAGGAGAAGGAGUUAACGACUGAAGAGCUUGAGGAGGAAGGUAGGACGCUCUGUUUGUUUUGACGGUGUGUAUGCGUGUGUGUGUGUGUGUGUGUG